UCGUACUCCUACAAUUUUAGCCGACUUUAUCCCUCCUCCUCUAGCGGCGCCGUCACGCAACAAAUUCCAUUCCCCGUUUUACCCCUACCCCUAUCCACAACUUUCUAGACCCUCCUCCUUCUACUUCAAUUUCUCUGCCUGCAUACCAGAGAGAAAUCAAAUCCAAUCAAUUGAAGGAUCAACAAUGGCCGCCGCCGCCGCCGCCGCCGCCGCCGCCGCCGCCGCACAGGACCAGCAGCACGCGGCGUGGCUACUGGAGAACGGGAACAUAAAGCUGUUGAGCAAGGAAUCGAGGCAGGGGCAUGGGCAGAGCUACGGCCGGACGGCGCACAACAUGUCGUCGGCGUCUCUCCGGAAGAAGUCCGAUCUCUCGCUCGUGAAGAAAGUCCGGUGCGGAGUUCUCCGGAACCUUCUCAUUUCCCUCCAGGAAGUUUUCCUCGGGACUAAGCUCUCCCUUCUCUUCUUCGCCAUCCCUUUCGCCAUUCUCGCCCAGUGUCGUCACUACGGGAGGCCAUGGGUUUUUGCUUUGAGCUUACUUGGACUCAUCCCCCUCGCGGAACGCAUCAGUUUUCUCACAGAACAAAUAGCCUACCACACUGGUCCAACAGUGGGAGGUCUGCUAAAUGCUACAUGCGGGAAUGCGACGGAGCUGAUCAUAGCAAUCUUCGCGCUGGUUGAGCACAAAGUAGACGUCGUCAAGUACUCUCUACUCGGCUCCAUCCUCUCCAACCUUCUCCUCGUCCUCGGAACCUCCCUCCUCUGUGGCGGCAUUGCCAACAUCCACUCCCCACAAACAUUCGACAGAAAACAAGCCGAUGUCAACUCUCUCCUCUUGUUGUUGGGGCUCUUGUGCCAUGCCCUUCCAAUGAUGUUUCAACAAGUUGGUGCCGCCACCGGAGGAGGAGGAGGACACGAUGUCCCUUUCGCGACCGCACAAGCAACCCUCGCGCUUUCGAGAACGAGCAGCAUUGUCAUGAUCCUCGCCUACUUUGGUUACCUCGUCUUCCAAUUGUGGACUCAUCGCCAACUCUUUGAAGCCCCAGAUGUAGAGGAGGAGAACGGGAACGGGGAAUCCAAGGAAGAACCGGUGUUGGGAUUUUGGAGUGCGUUUGUUUGGUUGGUUUUGAUGACCGGAGUGGUAGCCCUCUUGUCCGAAUUUGCUGUUGACACUAUUGAGGCUGCAUCAGGGUCAUGGGGUAUAUCUGUGAGUUUCAUCAGUGUUAUUUUGUUGCCAAUUGUUGGGAAUGCAGCGGAACACGCGGGUGCUAUUAUCUUCGCUUUCAAGAAUAAAUUGGAUAUAUCUCUGGGAGUGGCUCUUGGUUCAGCAACACAAAUUGGUAUAUUUGUGAUUCCUUUGACCAUAAUUGUGGCAUGGAUCAUGGGAAUCAAGAUGGACCUUGCAUUCAGCACCAUUGAAACCGGGGCUCUUGCUUUGUCGAUACUCAUCACCGCCUUCACUCUACAGGACGGAACGUCUCACUACAUGAAGGGACUAGUGCUACUUCUAUGUUACAUUGUGAUUGGGGCAUGUUUUUUUGUCACUCAUGGCCCUCCAGACGAACCGCAACUUAUUCAUUUGGGAUCAAACCAUGGGAUUUUCAGAGGCUAAAGAAGAUUAUUGGUGAUGAAUUUGUGUUUUCUUUGGAUUGAUGAUAUGAUUAUUCCCAUCAUCUUCAACUCCUCCAAAAUUGAACAUUUUGUGUGUGCAAGCAAGCAAAGCAAUGGGGCGCCGGAUGAUAUAAUUAAUAAAACGGAGUUAUUGUUUGUCUGUGGAUGCAUGGCAUUGUGUGUGUGUGUCUAUUUUGCUAUACAUUUCUUGGAACAGUAAACUUUAGCUGAAACAGUACCCUACUAUGUACUAGGAGGAAUAUGGCU